AUGGCGUCUUCAACGUUUUUCACAUCUUCAACACCUCUAGAGCAUCCGGCUGAGCAAAUUGAGCUCAAAUCCUACUUGAAAGUGAGUUUUUUCCCCAAAAAAACCAUGGAAAAUGGAGGAUUUUGCAGAAUUUGACGGAAUCGCAAGUUUUGGAGUUUUUCGAAGUGGCGGAUUGUGUGAAAUGGAUUCGAGAAUUGUCAGCGCAACGUGUUGCACUCCAAUUUCCGGACGGCUUCCUGAUUUUUGCGCGGAGGAUUGCGGUUGCGUUGGAAGCGGAAACAUUGGCGAAGACUUUUGUUUUGGCUGAUACCUCGUAUCGAAGUUGUUGUAUUGAUGAAGUUGCCGCCGCGCAUGCCACGUGUGAUGCGUUGAUUCAUUUUGGGGAAGCGUGUUUGAGCGCGCCGACGCGGAAUAUUCCGGUUAGGUGAGAUUUUGGGGGAGGGUUAUGGAAAUUUCGAAAUUUUUGACGGAAAUCAUGUUUUUUCGUGGUUUUCAGCUAGUUUUUGAGCCUGUGAAAGUUUCUAAGCUUCAAAAUUUGCUGAAAAUCAUGGUUUUCAACAUUUUUAGCCAAAAAUUUGACUUUAGAACCUGAAAUUUGCUGAAAAUCGUAAGAAACUGAUUGUAGAAUCGAGAUUUGUGCUGAAAAAGCUGGAAAUCGAGAUUUCCAAUCAUUCUCUAGCUUCAAAAUGAUAUUUUUCAUCAAAAUUUGCUGAAAAUCAUGAGAAAUUCAUUUUGAACUUGAAUUUUGAGCUCAAAAUUGUGAAAAUGCAGGUGUUUGAUGAUUUUCCGGCUUCGAAACCGGAAUUUCUAUCAAAUCUAGCUGAACAUCAUAGAAAAAUGGUUUAAAAUGAGCAUUUUGAGCUGAAAAAGCUGAACAUUCAUACUUUCCAUGAUUUUCAACUAAUUUCAGACGUUUCAAAUCAUUUUCAGGCUCCAGAACCUGAAAUUUGAUUGAAAUUAGCUGAAAAUCGGGAAAAAUUGGCUAAAAAUGCAGUUUUCAGCCAAAAAUCGUCGGAUUUAACUGGAAUUCGAAUUUUUCAGUGAAAAUCGUGAAAAAUGAAUGAAAAUCCCAAUUUCUUCAGGUACGUCCUCGGAAAAAUGCCCAUCGACUUGCAACAUCUCAAAUCCACAAUAGACGCUCAAAAUCUGGCGCCAAACUCUACCGUAAUCCUCACCGACUCGAUUUAUUCUCACCUCGAGACCCAAAUCACCGAAAUUUUCGGAGCCAAUUCGAAAAUGGCGCAAAUUUCCAACGAUGCAAGUUCGAGCUAUCUUGGAAGAGCCACUUGGGAUUUCCAGGAGGAGAAUCUGAUUUUUAUCGGUGCAAACGACACUCCGCUACUUCCACUGUGGAUUUUGAGUUAUCCCAACUUCACACAAGUCUAUCAUUAUGAUCCUGCGGAAAAAUCGAUGACUCAGGACAGGUAA